AUGUGCCACAGUGUAUGGAUGCGAUGUAUCGGACGACUCAAGCUCAACGACGACCACUUCCACCACUUCAGGAUACCCCUACUCUUAAAUGACUGGGACGUGGUUGCUGAGCUCUAUGAUGCUGUCAAGGGAGAGGAAAGGUCGGUCAACGUGGUCCAUGACAACGCUGGCCAAGUAGGCCUCUCUAGUUCCCGAUUCAGAUACUUCGAUGCCUCCGAAACCAACAUCUACGUAACUGGACUCGCUGGUUGCACAUCCAUUCUGGUGGUAUCUCGGCUAGGGGCAUAUAUCUCUCAUCUGUGGGAGCCGUCUUUCACAGAACCCGGGGGUCCACCGAACUUCCAAGCAGAUGUGAUCGAUUACCUAAACAACGGCCGAGCUGGUGGAGAAGCCGAUACUGAGCCUCUUGGCGCUCUUGUUCAGGGUGGCGUAUUCGGUGACACAGCAACCACAAAGAUCUUCAUCAUGACGCCGGCGACAUAUAGCCUCGACCUGGACGCGAGCACUUCUGGAAUGAGCGCCAGCCUUACGAAUGGAGAUAACCAGCCUCUUUUCGACGGCGCCACACCAGAAGUCCCGACAGACAGACUCACCCCGAUCAGGACGACAUUGGCACAAUUAAUGCCUGGCGUCCCAAUUUCUCAGUUUACAUACAGGAGACAGACCCUCAACAAUCAGUUGGAGACCGGGGCCUAUGGCAAGGCGAUGAUCCUUUACAGCAACUACCAGAAAGAGGAUCCAGAUACGUUUGAAAAUUUGGAUCCAGCUAUAGAUUGCGGACUGAGACAGAAAGCAAUUUGGCAAUGCUGGAUCCAGGGAAAGUUGAUGGGCAGUGACCUUUGGGAUGCCUUACCAGGCUUCGAGCAGAGCCAGGGUGCCGCAAGCAACGAUAGAUUCCUUCGAAACCGGAACAUGUCAGGCAUUCUAUUGGAUCGGUGUCGCUAA